UUGGGAGCUGUGGGGGCCAGAUUAACCCGAGUCCUCCCACUCCACUGGCCGCCAUGGGGCUCGGGCUGCUGUUCCUACUGCUGCUGCUCUGGCCCUGGGGACCCCAGGGCUCCCCGCUGGACCCCGGUGGGCAGCACGUCUGUGUGGGCAGCAGCCCCUCUGAGCUCCAGUGUUGCCCAGGCUGGAGGCAGAAGGAUCACGAAUGCACCAUCCCCAUCUGCGAGGGGCCGGAUGCCUGCAGGGAAGGCGAGGUAUGCGUGAAGCCAGGCCUGUGUCGCUGCCCGCCGGGAUUCUUCGGGGCCCAGUGCAGCUCCCGCUGCCCAGGCCAGUACUGGGGCCCCGACUGCCGUGAGAGCUGUCCCUGCCAUCCACACGGCCAGUGCGAGCCAGCCACCGGUGUGUGCCAGUGCCAAGCUGACCGCUGGGGUGCCCGCUGUGAGUUCCCGUGCACCUGCGGUGCCCACGGGCACUGCGACCCCGCCACAGGCGAGUGCCGCUGCGAUCCCGGCUGGUGGUCAUCCACAUGCCGCCGCCCGUGCCAGUGCAACCUGGCGGCGGCGCGCUGCGAGGCAGCCACGGGCGCCUGCCUGUGUGAACCGGGCUGGUGGGGCCACCGCUGCAGCUUCCGCUGCGCGUGUCACGACUCGCCCUGCGCGCAGGAGACUGGUCGCUGCACCUGCCGGUCAGGUUGGUGGGGCCCCGAGUGCCGGCAGCGGUGCGACUGCGUGCGCGGCCGCUGCAGCGCCGCCUCUGGCAGGUGCACCUGCCCACCCGGCUUCCGAGGUGUGCGCUGUGAAUUGCCCUGUCCCGCCGGCAGCUAUGGGGCUCAGUGCCGUGACAGUUGUGGCCACUGCAAGCAGAACAAGCCCUGCUCUCCAGACACGGGCAGCUGCGAGUCCUGCGAGCCGGGCUGGAACGGGACCCAGUGCCGCCAGCCCUGCCCCCCGGGCACCUUUGGGGAGGGCUGCAGGCAGCAGUGUCCCCGCUGCCGGCGUGGGGAGGCCUGUCAGCCAGACAACGGACACUGCACACACUGUGAGCCCGGCUGGCUGGGGCCCAGGUGUGAAGACCCCUGCCCGGCUGGCACCUUUGGGAAGGGCUGCAGCUCCGUCUGUCCCAGCUGUGUCCAGGGAACCUGUGACGCUGUCACAGGGGAGUGUGUCUGCAGUGCUGGCUUCUGGGGGCCCAGCUGCAACACUUCCUGCCCAUCUGGCUUCCAUGGAAACAACUGUUCCCUUCUCUGCGAAUGCCCAGAGGGACCCUGCCACCCUGUUUCUGGGGCCUGCCAGCCAGGCCCUUCCGGUCAGGAUGCAGCCCUCAUCGCCGGCAUCCUCGUGCCCCUGCUGCUGCUCCUCCUGGGCAUCGCUUGCUGUGCCUGCUGCUGCUGGGCUGCCCGGGGGGACCCCAAGGACAGGCCAGUACAAGACGGAGCUGCCCUGUCUCGGAUGAAGCUGCAGGUCUGGGAGGCACUGACCAGCCUGGGCUCCAUGCUGCCUUGUGGCUCUUUCAGCAGUCAUAAGCUACCCUGGGUGACAGUCUCGCACCACGACCCGGAGACCCCCUUCAACCACAGCUUCAUCGAGCCACCCUCUGCCGGCUGGGCCUCCGACGACUCCUUCUCUUCUGAUUCUGAGUCUGGCGAGGAGGAUGAGGGUCCUGCCUACUGCGUACCACCCCAAGAAGGGGUGGUCCCAGUGGACCCAUCAGAGUCAUCAGAGCUGGCUGGGGGCCCCUUCCCGCCCCCCGAGGACACCUCCACGCCGUUCGCCAUCCCACGCACCUCCAGCCUAGCGCGGGCCAAGCGGCCAUCCGUCUCCUUUGCUGAAGGCACUAAGUUUACAUGUCAGAGUCGCCGAAGCUCAGGGGAGCUUCCCAGCCCCCUUCGAAAGCCCAAGAGGCUCUCUCGAGGGGCCCAAGCAGGUCCCGAGGGCCAGGAGGCCGAGGAGUGCACAGGCCCAGGGCAAGCAGAAGCCGACGAGACCCCUCCCGCUGCCGCCACCCCGAGAGAGGCAGCCGCCGGCCGCCGCCGCCCCCCACUUGGUGGCCGGACAGUGGCUGAGCGUGUGGAAGCCAUUGAAGGCAGCGUGCAGGAGAACUCGGGCCCUGUGACCACCAUCUACAUGCUGGCAGGGACACCCCGGGGGGCCGAGGGCCCCGUCCGGUCUGUCCUCCGCCGUUUUGGUAGCUUCCAGAGAGGCCAGGCAGAGCCCAAGGUCAAGAGUGCCAUCCCUAAGCCUCCACGGCGAGCCCUGAGUCGGAACAAGGGCAGCCCUGGACCUGGACCCACCUCUACUCCUGCUAGCCAGAUCCCUGGCUUCGGCCCCAAGAGCGGGCACGCUGGGGCAGGAGUCGGGCCAGAGGAAGUGGCCAGGGGGCUGGCAGGUGGCCCCGAGAGCUCAGGGAGGGCCCAGGAGCUGGGGUCCAGGGCUGGGCCCCCAGAACAAGAUCCCCAGAUGCAGGCCGGAGAGGAAGGGCAGGGUGAGCCCCAGUAUGAGAAUGUUGCACCCAUUUCUGGGCCACCAGAGCCCUGAGGACCUCAAAUCGGCAGUAUGAGAGGAUUUUGCAUGCGCAGGGGCAAUCAGAACUGCCCACGCAUCAGUGCUUCGUGAUGAACAAUAAUCCGAGGCCCAGGCCAGAGCAUGUGCGCUGGGAAAGGCCAGGGUGAGAGGCCAGCGGGCUCCGGGCCAGCCAGGUUCCCGGACGACGCCUGCGCAGAUGGCUUGAAGGCCCGGGCCGGGAGGCGGGAGAGUCUCCAGCUCUGGGGUUUUGGGCUCUUGGCUUGGGCUCUGCCCGCAAAGGACUGUUCGUUCCUUCAUUUGCAAAACUUUUUUUUUUUUUUUUUUCUGAAAUGGAAGACAGCCUAAAUGUCUGAUGAGCAAAGAUCAGGUAACAACCAGGGCUCAGGAUAGGUCACUCCACAGUUGUUGUGUGAGAAUAUUUAAUAUUGGAGAAGUGGGAGGGUGGGAACUCAAGCCGUUAAGGGUGUGAAAAGUAAUAAAAGUGAAUGCAAUUCAGUUCCAGCGAUUCCUUGCCAUAAACUUUGUGUCUUUAGUUCUUAGCCUACGUGGUUAGAAUGUUCCUUUUUUGUUAUAUUUUGAGGUUGUUUUAUGAACUCUGUUUUAAAAGGAUACAUGUGCAUAAAAAAGAUGCAAGGGUUGGGUGCUGGUGCUGUGGUGCAGUGGGUUAAAGCCUCAGCCUGCAUCACCAGCCUCCCAUAUGUGUGCUGGCUCGAGUCCUGGCUUUGGAUCAGCUCAGCUCCGGCCGUUGUGGCCAUCUGCGGAGUGAACCAGCGGAUAGAAGACCUCCCCCGCACCCCGUAACUCUCUUUCAAAUAAAUAAAAUAAAUCUUUAACAAAAAAAAGAUUCAAGUGCAUCAACUCAUAUGUAGGUGAGACUGGGAUGUUAUUUAUUUUCUUGAGCUUUUGUAUAAUUUGCAAAUUUCUAAAGUGACCGCUUUUUUUUUUUUUAGCUUUUCUCAUUAAAUUGAAUUUUUUUUUAAAGUUACAAACAGCAAUAUUCUUUGUUAAAAAUAAAAACUGGUAGCAUUACAAACUUGCCUAAAGUAAGGCUGGGAUCUGUCUUUGCCCUAGAGGCAGUCUGGGGAGUGAGAGGGGAGACUUAGCAAGUGUCUUCUGGUGCUGGUUGAGUUGUUGGCGCACACGCUGGGUCACGUGUUUCCUGCACAGGCCUCCGAGGCCGGGAGAGCAGUGCAGGUGGCUGCCUUGCAGGGUUUUCUGUGCACAGGUAGGCACGUGCUUCAGACAAAAAUAGGGGAACAUACCCUCCUCGGCUUGCUCUUGUUCUUAACGAGGUAACCUGGAGAGCUCUCCAUGCUACCUCUUUGAUAGCAAUGUAACUACUUGGGACUUCAUCUUGUGGUGCUAACACAGGUGAUUUAGAAAGUUGGGUUAUUUCUAACCAUUUGCUCUAAUAAACAAUGGUAGAGUAU